AUGGAUCUCAUGAAACUAAAUGAUUACAAUGCUGAAAAUGUAUCAUUGUCACAAGUUUCAACAAGACAAGGCAAACGUUGGUCAACAGCAAGUGCUUAUCUGUUAAAAGCAGUAAAACGAGAAAAUUUAGAUAUUCUUACACAUGUACAUUGUUGCCGAGUAGUAUUUGAUGAGGAAAAACAAGUACACGGUGUCGUUACCAAACGCAGCAGCUCAUUAGAUAAAGAAGAGUUUAUUAAAGGUAAAGAAGUUGUAUUAUCCGCUGGUACGGUUGGAAGUGCUCAAAUACUUCUUCUCUCUGGAAUUGGUCCUCGAAAAGAACUAGAUAAACAUGAAAUACCAGUGAUCGUUGAUUUAUCUGGUGUUGUGUAUCAUCCAAUAGGUACAUGUAAAAUGGGGAAAGAAGACCAUCCAACGGCCGUUGUAACGCCUGAUACACGAGUAAAAGGAAUAAAAGGUCUACGUGUGGUUGAUGCAAGUAUUAUGCCAAGCCAUAUUUCUGGCAAUAUAAAUAUUCCAAUUGUUGCGCUCGCGGAGAGAGCAGCAGAUUUAAUUAAAAACAGUGCUUAA